CCAUCUCCUCCUCCCCUCUUCCCCCCAUGACUACCUCUCCCUACCCCCACUACCCCUACCCUCAUGAGGUCUGCCCCUCGCCUCCCUCCAACCCUAGCCCGUAUCAGGACUUCUACCCACCACCGUAUUCCCACUAUGAGGUAUGGGACCACCAGGGCAGGGGACCUGGAGAAAGGGAAGCUCAGGCUGGAUCUAAAAUGCAGGAGAGCCCCCUGGAAUUUGCCAGCUCAUCAUCCAUUCACCACAUUACAUUAGAGGAAGUGAAUGAGUUUAUAGGAGAAGACAUCAGAUCAUUCCAGUCGGGCUCACAGAUGGACAGCCAACCAGGAUGACAAGCUCAGUACUGUUCUGUCUUGUUCUGUUUAAAUAGUAUGAAGUGCAUUAUUGAUAUCAUAUCACACCUUUUCCUAUGCACUUGGUUUAUGAUGUAUUGCUCUAAUAUGGCAAUACUGAAUGGGGAUUAAAUAAAAGGGCACAGUUGUAAGUAUGAUUGAAGGUAACUGUUACAGUUUAUAUGACUAAUGUUUUUAACCUGUUUUCAAUAUAAAUUAUACAAGUAAAUGUC